AUGUCGUGGCGCCAGCUCAUCUUAGCGGUGCUGCUGUCCUCCCAAGCCGCCUUCGGCUUCUCGGUGGCCGGCCAGCAGCCACCACAGCAGCAGCCUCCGACGGAAAGCACCUGCGAGGCCAACGGGAGCGUCUACUACCUGGGGGAGUGGUACUUCCUGGACUCGGACCACUGCACCCAGUGCGAGUGCACCGCCGAGGGUUCGGCGUGUGCCCGCACCGAGUGCACCAGCUUGCCGGCGGCGUGCAUCCAUGUGAGCCACUACCCCAGCGACUGCUGCCCCCGCUGCGAAAGAAUCGGCUGCGAGUACCGGGGGGUGGUCUACGAGCUGGGGCACAACUUCCAGCCAACCGAAUGUGAGCAGUGCACGUGCGACAGCGAUGGCAUCGCCCGAUGUUUGGUAGCCGACUGCGCGCCCCCACCUUGCGUCAACCCUGUGUACCAGCCUGGCAAGUGCUGUCCUGAGUGCCAAGAGGGUCCAAACUGCUAUGUGGACUCGUCGCAUAGCCGAGUGAUCCCCGCCGGCGAGCCAGUAUGGGUGGACUCUUGUACUAAGUGUCGCUGCCACGACGGCCAGGACGCCGGCUACUGGGAAGGAAACCGCCUGGCCUCUUGCUCUCGCCUGAAGAACUGCGCGCCCGGGCAGUCCGACACGCAAAACUGA